ACAAAAGCGAUGUAAACCAAUCGCUUAACCUUGCGAGCCUGAAAUAGAGCCUGCACGUUGCUAAGUUUGGCAGGGCUAGGAUUGCAAAUCUAUGAGCAGCAAACUGAAGGCUGAGUCGGCAGGCUCAUAUACUAGCUUUGCCUGAACGCCGCAUGUUCUGGCUCACGUCGGUACGUUCCUUAGCUUCUCGUUCGGCGAAAGAUACCAGUUUAUACCACCUCGCCAACGGUGAGCUACAGAGGACGUACAUCCUGCAUAGGUCAUACCUUGUAGAGUAGAGCAUACCUACCCGGAACACAUAUUCAUCUUCAUAGAUCGCAUAGGAUAGAUGAGAGACACUUGGAUGAAAUGGGCCGCGCCCUUUGUGGGACUUGGACUUGCAGCAACCGUUGUCAACGCUCAGACCUGUUAUGGUGGGAGCAAUGGUGUACCGUUGGAUGUAUUGUUCCUGGUUGACGGAUCGAGCAGUAUGUGUGAUUACACAAACGCUCUAUCUGCACAAGUAUCGUCCUUCACCAGUGUGCUCAAUUCGAAAAAUAUGACGGAUGUUCGCUUCGCAGUCGCUGCGUUCGGAGGACGGCCUUCUCUGGUCCAACCUUUCAGUACCGACGCUACAGUGACUGCGGCGUCAAUCGGUGCUAUUGGAUGCAGUCGUAAUGGACAGGAAGCCGGAUUGGAAGCGAUCCGUGUUGCCUUGAACAGCAACGAGGGUGCUGAUUUCACAAACGAUUGUUUGUCUUAUAACACUGUUACUACCUCUGCGAAUUGCUACUUGCGCUGGCGAGUUGGCGCGCAAAAGACCAUUGUCAUGUUUACGGACGAAGACUCCGAUUAUCCGACCUUGUCGUCCUACCUGCAGCCGGGAAUGGUGCAAAGCACUGGUGGUCUCUGUAGCGUUCCAUAUACCAAUCGCACCGGAACCUAUAGUGCCGUCACAGCAAACUGUGGUACCAACGGAAACUCCACCGACAUCUACACCGGCUCUUGGGAUAACCAGCAAGCCAAUUGGGAACCUAACUUCAGCCCCAAGACGUUCUGGAAUACAACUUCAGCCACCUACGGUGAUCCUCCGACUUACCAGUACUAUCGUAACUCUGCUUCCGCUUUGUCGAUGGACCAGGCGUUUAUUGACGAAAUCACAAACACCACCGAGCUGUUGUAUGCGAACAACGUCAGGCUUUCCAUGCUAGUUCCUUCGAUGCAGAUCAAAGCUAGCUGGGCCCUCCCGCAAACGUCGUGGAACCGGUACAAUGCCAUGUUUGCCAAUUCAGCGAGCGCCUCGGCGGAUCAAUAUAACACCAAUACCGCCGUGUACCAGUACGGUCACCCCGAUCUCAAUUACAUGAACACUGACUACACAGGCUUCGAAGCCUCCACUACCUACUUGGCACUCAAGCAGGCGUCGUUGGGAAACAGCUUACAAGCAAAGAUGCUUUUGCGGAACAACUGGAUGCGUGUCUUCCCGAUUACAGACAUUUUUGAUUCGACCGGGAAUGCCGCUACCAAGACCAAGCUGUUCUACAAUGCCACGAUAGACAUGAUCCAGGCCUGCCCCCCGAAUAUCUUCCCGGUGACGACAACUUCCACGACUUCCACCACGACGACUACUACAACGGCACCGGCAUCAACUAGCACGGUGAUCUCGGUGACAACUGCUUCGGCUUCCACACGCACAGUGAUCUCGGUCACCACCACCGCCUCCACUAGUACCACGACCACCACCGCUCCUGCAUCGACGGUUACGGUCCCUACGACAAGCCUCGUUUCAGUCACAUCCACAACAACCACUACCGCUCCUGCCUCGACAGUCACUUCGACGACCACAACAGUCUCAACCUCGGUUUCGCUUUCGGUCUCCACUUCCACGGCUACCAGCACCACCACCGCUCCUGCAUCGACGGUUACGGUCCCUACGACAAGCCUCGUUUCAGUCACAUCCACAACAACCACUACCGCUCCUGCCUCGACAGUCACUUCGACGACCACAACAGUCUCAACCUCGGUUUCGCUUUCGGUCUCCACUUCCACGGCUACCAGCACCACCACCGCUCCUGCAUCGACGGUUACGGUCCCUACGACAAGCCUCGUUUCAGUCACAUCCACAACAACCACUACCGCUCCUGCCUCGACAGUCACUUCGACGACCACAACAGUCUCAACCUCGGUUUCGCUUUCGGUCUCCACUUCCACGGCUACCAGCACCACAACUGCUCCCGCAUCGACGGUUACGGUCCCUACUACAAGCCUCGUUUCGGUGACAUCCACUACAACCACUACGGCCCCGGCGUCGACAGUCACGUCGACGACCACGACAAUCUCGACCUCGGUUUCGCUGAGCGUCUCCACGGCCACGGCUACUAGUACCGCAACGUCCACCGCCACUACUACUGAAACCGCGACAACGACCACGACGCAGGAAGCGUCGACUGCAACGGUGACAUCGGUGACAACAACUCUUUCGGUGUCGACUGAAACUGACAUUGAUACUGAAUACUUGACCAGCACCGAGACCCUGAUAUCAACUGAAGUGGAUAACGUUUACUACACGAGCUACUCCACCGUCACUUCGAUUAGCGUCAGCGUGGAGCCAACCACGGUUACGAGCACCACCACCGCGGGAGCUAUUACAAUCGUAGAAGUCAGCCAAUCGACUACCACAACUACGGCGCCCGCUAGUACCGUUACCGACACGAGCACCAAAUCCACCACGAUUACCGACACGGAGACGGAAACGGCUACCGUCACUGAAUCUACCACUGCCACUCAAACCACCGUCAGCUUGUCGAUCAGUGUUGCUACCACUACCGCCACAGCCACUGAGACCACCACGGACACCGAGACGACUACCGCAUCCACUACAGAUACCAACACAGAAACCGAGAUAACUACCGCAACAGCCACUGCCACUGAGACCACCACGGACACCAAGACCCGCGACGUCACCCAGACGGAGACAACCACUUUUUCCACUACAGCGGCGGCGAUCACAGUCACAUCCGAAUCGACCACGACGGCAACCGCGACAACUACCGAAACGUCAACCGAGACCCGCACCGAAUCUGACACGACCACGGAAACUACUGUCUCAACCCGCGACGUUACUCAGACAGAGACAACUACUUUUUCCACUACAGCGGCGGCAAUCACUGUCACAUCUGAAUCGACCACGACGGCGACCAUGACCACUACCGAAAAGUCAACCGAGACCAGCACCGAAUCUGACACGACCACGAAAACUACUGUCUCAACCCGCGACGUUACUCAGACCGAGACAACUACUUUUUCCACUACAGCGGCGGCGAUCACAGUCACAUCCGAAUCAACCACGACCGCAACAGCGACAACUACCGAGACAAGCAUCGAAUCUAUCACGACCACGAAAACGAGUGUUUCGACUCACGAUGUUACUCAGACCGAGACGACUACGUUUUCGACUACGGCGGCUCAGGUUACCGUUACAUCCGAGUCGACCACGACGACAACCGCCACGGAUACCGUCACAGAUACCGAGACGGAGGCCAUCACGGAUUCUACCACAAAAACCGAGACAUCGAGCGCCACGACGACUGUCCACGAAACUGAUACGGUCACCUCGACCGUACCGGUCAGCACGAUUACAGUGACGUCCACGGAAGUUCAGACAACUACUUUCACACCGUCCCCAGUUACGGUCACUCAGACGUCGACUCUGUCUACUGCCGCGGUGACUGAGACACUGGCCGUAGCUACAGUCACCCACACGCUUUCCACGGUGACCGAGACCCUCUCGACGGUCACUCAGACUCUUUCCACGGUGACUGAAACACUAUCGCUUGCUACGAUCACGCAGACACUUUCGACGGCGACCGUUACCACUACAGCCACUGCCCAGCCGACCACUCGCGUUGUUACAAUGACCAACACAGCUGCGACCACAACAGUGACCGCCUCGGGCCGGGUAGCCACACUCUAUGCUAUGGGUGGUGGCUGGGGAAAACAAGUCUCGCUUGCAGUAAGCACUACUAGUGCCACCUGAGGAAAGGCAUUUGGUUGAUAUUCGUAUUCCACCGAGUAGCACUUGGAGAGGGACCCAUAGGUGCAUCGGUUAUCCUCCUCCUACGUUUGACAUUCAUUAGAAUAGGUAGCGAAGCAUAGUUGGCCUCAAAGCCCCGACAUUUUUGUAGCCUGGAAAUUACGUUCUGCACCACCUUGAAAAAGUUUAAGUGGCGAUAGUCAGGGUUGACGGCGCUCUGACCCAGUAAAGCGCUUUGUCUGUUUUGGCGUACGAUACGGGCGAUAUCUUCCUGCCCUCU